GAGGGCGGAGCAGAAAGGCGUUCCCCCUCCCGCCCGCAGGCGGCGCUGUGGGGGCGGAGCACGGGAGAUGGGGCGUACCCUCCGCUAGGCGGGCGGGGCGGGGCCCCGGAUGCAGGUCGCGGCCCGGACCCGAGGCCCCAUCUCGGUACUCGGGGCUACCCGCCCGAGGAGACUGGGAGGCCAUGGCCCCGGGGGCGCCUGCUCGGGUGCCCGUGACGUUCGAGGACAUCGCCAUGUACUUCUCGGAGCAAGAAUGGAGGAAGCUGGAGGAGUGGCAGAAGGACCUUUACAAGAACAUCAUGAAGGCCAGUUAUGAGGCUCUGAUCUUCCUGGGCUGUGCCAUUCCCAAGCCAGACUUGAUCACCUGGAUUGAACAGGGACAAGAGCCAUUCAUCAGAGAUCUGGAAAAGUUGGAGAGAAGAGACCUGGCAGUCAGCACCAGAGCUGAUAAGCAUCCUGACUUGAAGAACACAGAGGGGCAGCUGUUUGGGGAGGACCAAAAAUCUUUGAGUUUACAAAAGGAAAAGCAAUUUUUUUGUGAUUUUCAAAACCAGGACUUAUCUGAUUUACUAUUGUCAAGAGAAAAAAGAGAAGAUUCCUCUAUGUAUGAUCAAUCAGGCUGUUCCUUAAAGAGCCCAUGUAAGCAAAAUUCACAGUCUUUAGCUCCAAACGUUCAUAGCAUCCACUUGAACCAUAAAACUGGAGGAUCCCCUUCCUUCCAGAAAAUUCCCACAAGGCAGAGCAUCUGCCCCUGUCCUGACUGCAGGAAAGCCUUCUGCCUAAAAGGUCAUCUAGGCAAACACCUAAGCUACUCCAGAGACCAGAUGGGCCAGUGCCUGAAAGGCAAGAAGCUGUUUAGGAAGCGAUCUGCUCUCCAGAGACCCCAGAGCAUCCAUGGAUGGCCAAGGUACUUGCUACAGAUGGAGAACAAUGAAAAGGACUGCUGCUUAAAGAGUCACACAAAGGCAGAAGAGGGCCUGUACAAAACAGAGGAGGCAUUUGUCCAGGACCUUGCCCACUUUGUGGAACAUACCAGAUUGUACAAAGGCAAGAAGCUCUUCGAUUGCCCCAAAUGCAGCAGGAGCUUCCCUGGGAAGGGCCUCCUGAAGACCCACCAGCGGCUGCAUGGCAGGGAGAGGCCCUUCUUCUGCCCUGAGUGUGGCAAGGCCUUCACUCAGAAAUCUAGGCUCACUGAACACAGGAGAGUGCACAGCGGGGAGAGGCCCUUCCAGUGCCCAGAGUGUGACGGCAGCUUCCACCUAAAGGGGCAUCUGCUCCAGCACCACCACCUGCACACGGCCGCGAGGCCCUUCCAGUGCCCCCAGUGUGACGGGAGCUUCCGUCUGAAAGCUGUUCUAAAAGCCCACCAGCGCACACACAGAGGGGAGUGGCCUUUCUCUUGCAGUGAAUGUGGCAAAGGCUUCACAAGGCAAUUCCACCUCGCAGACCACCUCAGAAUGCACACCGGGGAGAAGCCCUUCCAGUGCUCCCAGUGUGACAAGAGCUUCUGCCUGAAGGGCACCCUUAAGGUCCAUCAGCGUGUGCACAGCAGGGACCGGCCCUUCUCUUGUGGGGAAUGUGGCAAAGGCUUCACCCACCAGUAUAAACUGACUGAGCACUUCCGAGUCCACAGUGGUGAGAAGCCCUUUCAGUGCCCCGAGUGUGGUAAGAGCUUCCGCCUGAAGAGUGGCCUGAAUUACCACCAGCGCUUACACCAUAAGGAGAGGCCAUUCUCCUGCAGUGAGUGUGGCAAGGGCUUCAUUCAUCAGUCAAGGCUCUCUACCCACAUCAGAGUGCACGCCAGGGGAAAGCCCCACGGUAACCUGAGUGACCCUGGAAAAGCCAAGCCAGGCCAGCUCUUUAGGCUAAUAGAGGAAGACUGGAGCUCAUAGAUCCUACAAUGUGAGGACCUUAGAAAUCAUGUAGCCUCAACUAAGACGGGAUGCUGCCCAAGCAUCACAUAGCCAGUAAGAAGCAGAGAUGGAACUAGAACCCAGAUCUCUUGGCUCCUGCUAUGGCCAGCUGAGCUGCCCUUACAACAGACAUACAUUCUGUUGAAGGGUCAGUCGUACUUCAGCUCUAGAAGUUUGUGCCCAAAGGCAGCUAGGUAGAGCACUGAUAGAGUCUUGCACUUGGAAUCAGCAAGAUCUGAGUUCAAAUCUGGCCUCAGACCCUUACUGUGAAACCCUGGACAAAUCAUUUAACCUUGAUUGCCUCAGUUUCCUCAGCUUUAAAAUGAGGAUAACAGCCUCCUUCCUCGAAGGGUCAUUGUGAAGAUCAAGUGAGAUAAUAGUUCUAAAGUGUUUAGCACAGGGCUUCCCAAACUUCCAUAUCUUUGGCAUUAUCUAAAUGCUGACUCUCUUCUCUUUCCUGCUUGAUUCUUCCUGUUAUAUUGUUUAAAGACUUAAGAUGUUGACCCUCAGAUACUGAGGACCAAUCUGAGCCUGAGUGAAGAACAGGGAAAGGGUCCAUGGAUAUGGGAUGGGAGAUUUUCCCCUGCCAGUCCCAAGUUUAAAAGGAUGGAAUGAGCAGCUGUUUGCCUCUUUUGUUGGCCCAGCAGAAUGUGGUCCCAAUAUCAUUGCUUAAUCCCUUUGAAAGUCUUUGCAGGCAUGAGCAUAAUUGGCAAGUCUGUUUCUUUAAUGUAGUUUGUCAACAACAGCAAUAAUAAAUGGAGUCAUUCUGGAAAACUAGGCUGAUGUGCAUAGUGAAUAAGACGACUCAACUGACCCAAUGUCCACUCUGUAGUUUCACCAGACAGCAACCCUGCCAUUGGCUGGAUCCCAAAUAUACUAAGCCUCUAAUGAUUUCAAUAGUUCAUAAAACCUGGAAAGCCCUGAUUGUUCCUGCUUGCGUAAGGGAGUGGGAAUGGGGAUUAGAGCCUUAGUAACAAUUGUCAAUUAAUAAGAAAUUAACAAAAGAUUGUUUCCCUGUAGUCAGGACCCGGUUGCAGUUAGUAUAAAUUCUUAGUAGACCCAUCAGCAGCCUUUUAUAAGAAAUAUUCAGGGCCAGGACCAGAAGACACACUACUGCUUGGAACUGAAGCUGAUCAGACUUCUCAUGGACAAGCUGGUCUUUUUCAUUCAGUAUGACCCAUAUUUUCUGAGUGCUUCCUCUGGGCAGAGAUGACUAUGUAUGCUGCAUCUACCAUUCCUACUUUUUUGGGGGGA